CCACAUAACAGACAUUUCUUAGAUCCUGAUACACUGAAAACAAUCAGUAAUGACAACAAGAUGGAGCCCGUCACAUUCAUUCUGGACUGCCUGUUGCUCCUGUACAAUCUGUUCCCAAAAGCAACGCUUGACUCUACAAGAGGAUUACAUUCCUGUUUCAGAAAUGUUUUAUAUACCUUACAAACUGGUUCUUCAGGAUAUACGAGUAAAGUGUGCGUACUCUGGCAAGUGUAUAUAUAAUAUGCAGCAUAUCAUAUGACGAAAAUUCUGAGAACCGCAAGAUACCCGAAGCCAUCAUCACAACCGCAAGAUACCCGAAGCCCACAACCGCAAGAUACCCGAAGCUAUCAUCACAACCGCAGGAUACCCGAAGCCAUCAUCACAACCGCAAGAUACCCGAAGCCAUCAUCACAACCGCAAGAUACCCGAAGCCCACAACCGCAAGAUACCCGAAGCUAUCAUCACAACCGCAGGAUACCCGAAGCCAUCAUCACAACCGCAAGAUACCCGAAGCCAUCAUCACAACCGCAAGAUACCCGAAGCCCACAACCGCAAGAUACCCGAAGCUAUCAUCACAACCGCAGGAUACCCGAAGCCAUCAUCACAACCGCAAGAUACCCGAAGCCAUCAUCACAACCGCAAGAUACCCGAAGCCCACAACCGCAAGAUACCCGAAGCUAUCAUCACAACCGCAGGAUACCCGAAGCCAUCAUCACAACCGCAAGAUACCCGAAGCCAUCAUCACAACCGCAAGAUACCCGAAGCCCACAACCGCAAGAUACCCGAAGCUAUCAUCACAACCGCAGGAUACCCGAAGCCAUCAUCACAACCGCAAGAUACCCGAAGCCAUCAUCACAACCGCAAGAUACCCGAAGCCCACAACCGCAAGAUACCCGAAGCUAUCAUCACAACCGCAGGAUACCCGAAGCCAUCAUCACAACCGCAAGAUACCCGAAGCCAUCAUCACAACCGCAAGAUACCCGAAGCCAUCAUCACGUUAGGUGAUUAAUAAUUUGGAAGGAUUUACUGCCAUGAGAAACCCAACGUAAAAUAUUUAUCUUUCCAAUACCAUCUCACUCUUCCCCGAAUUUAAGGUAAAAUCCAUCUAAAAGAGCUUGGGAUGUGUGUCAUCUGACAGAAUUGCAGACCGUUACAUCACUGUACAUUGUUGCUAGAUUCUAUUUUGAACAAACUUCCGGUAUUCAUGCACAGGUCUCAUAUGGAAACAUACAGAAGAGGAACGUCGGUAAACUUAUACCAGACUACACGGCGGCACAUCUAGACCAGAGUGCAUAACUUUGUCACAGCCGCGAAAAUCUUAAUUCUCACUGUAAUAUAGAGCGUUACUGCUUGUGCCAUCGGAGAAUGUAUUCAUGGUGAAACUGUAAAGGGUUACCCAUUAUUAAUACUUUCCUUGAAUGAAGUUUACUGUACGCUUGAAGUAGCAUUGUUAAUAAAUUACUUUCAUUGUGAA